AUGGCUUCUACCUGCAGCACCCCGAACAAUGCGGAUUUCCACGACAAACACAUCAAAGGAAGCUCCCCCAAGGGUCUUUCUCUUCUCAGUCUGCUGAAAAGGAGUGGCAAUCAUCUGCGCCGAUCCAGCAAAGAUGAUACCCAGCGAGCGUCAGAUACGGCUUAUCAAGCGACGCCGACCGAGAAAUUUGGCUCCGUACAGCACAUUGAUUCAGCAAGUCAAUUACCUGACAAAGAUGUGAGUGGGAAAUCGCCUCCAGCAGUCAAUUCGACCAAGAAGCCGCCCGUUUCAAUCCUGCGAAAGAGCAAUUCACUCGACCUCGAUUCCAUUAUCUGGGAUGAUUCAUCAAGAGAUCGCCAGAAUAUGCAAAGAUCAGUCAAUCUGGACGAUAUGAUCGCACGACUCCUCCAGGUUGGACACUUGAAACCAUCAAAGAGUGUCUGUCUCACUAAUGCGGAGAUCAUCGCUGUUUGCUCGAAUGCGCGCAACCUACUUCUCUCUCAGCCGGUUCUUCUGGAACUGAAUGCACCGAUCCAGAUUGUCGGUGAUCUACAUGGGCAAUUCCCAGAUCUCGUUCGUCUUUUUGAUACGUGCGGCCAUCCCCCCGCCACCAACUACCUCUUCCUUGGAGACUAUGUAGACCGCGGCAAGCAAAGCUUGGAGACGAUGUUGCUCCUUUUAUGCUACAAGCUCAAGUACCCAGAGAAUUUCUUCAUCCUACGAGGUAAUCACGAAUGUGCCAACAUCACCCGUAUCUACGGAUUCCACGACGAAUGCAAGCGACGCUGUAACAUCAAAAUCUGGAAGACCUUUACCGAUGUUUUCAAUUGUCUCCCCAUCGCCGCUAUUGUUGCAGAGAAGAUAUUCUGCGUUCACGGUGGUCUUUCGCCGAAUCUUACAAACAUGGAUGAUAUUCGGAAAAUAUCUCGACCGAUUGAAGUACCCGAGUACGGACUUCUGAACGAUCUUCUUUGGAGCGACCCCGCCAACAUCAAGGAUUGGGGACCGAAUGACGAUCGCGGUGUGAGUUGGUGCUUUGGAAAGGCGCCCAUUGUUAAUUUCCUCAAACAUCACGGAUUGGACUUGGUUUGUCGGUCGCAUAUGGUCGUGGAAGGAGGGUAUGAGUUCUUCGGAAACAAGUCGUUGGUGACGGUGUUUUCUGCACCGAAUUAUUGCGGGGAAUUCGACAAUUGCGGGGCUAGCAUGUCCGUUUCGGAAGAUCUUUUGUGCAAUUUCAAUCUUUUGAAACCGUUCGACGCGAAGAAGUUGAACAAGCAAAUGAGGAGAGCGAAGGAGUCUACGAGGACAGAGAAAGCUUUGCUCCGCCAAGUAUCGUGGAAUUGA